UUCACAUUGCUGUAUAUGUUACAAGAAACAAUAAACAUAUUUUUCAAUUACAGUGCAGUUCAUGUUUCCAAAUUUCUGUCAAGUAAUACCCAAGUUUUGUCUGGAUCUGAUGAUAACACUGUAAAAGUUUGGGACAUUCCAACAGAGAAAGAACUUGUCACUUACACUGACCACAAGGAUUAUGUCAGAUGUGGUGUUACAAGCAAGUCUAGUAAUGACAUAGUAUUGACUGGUUCCUAUGACCACACAGUAAAGUUGUUUGACACACGUAUUGGGGAGUGUGUGAUGAGCGUGGACCAUGGUGCUCCUGUAGAAAGUGUCCUCAUGUUCCCCACAGGGGGCCUCUUCUUCUCUGCUGGUGGAACAACAGUGAAAGUUUGGGAUGCUUUGGCAGGUGGCAAAUUGAUAACUACAUUAUGCAACCAUCACAAAACAGUUACAUGUUUAUCAUUCUGUAGUAACUACCAGAGAUUGAUGUCUGGAGGUUUGGACAGGCAUGUGAAAAUUUAUGAUGUUGGUACAUACCAAGUGGUGCACACACUCGAUUAUCCAGGUGCCAUACUCAGUCUUGGUGUUACUGCAGAUGACAGUUUACUAGCCGUUGGUACAGUUGAAGGAUUGCUGUCGCUGCAAAGACGGAAACCCGAGGAUGAAGUGACAGUAAAGAAACCCAAAAAGAAACCUGUCUCUUUUAGAUACGGUCUCAGAGGGAAAACUAUCAUUCCUAAUAAGGAUGACUUUGUUGUCGAGCACAAGAAGAAAGAACAACUGGCCAAGUAUGACAAAUAUUUCAAACACUUUGAACACAGUAAAGCACUUAAUGCUGUCUUAGAGCACAGGAUUCGGCGGACUACGCCAGAAAUAACUAUAGCUGUAAUGCAGGAGCUGAUACGAAGGGGAGCGAUUAAAUCAGCAUUAGCUGGUAGAGAGGGAUCAUCUCUUAAAGUACUUAUUGUCUUCAUACAGAAGAAUAUAUCAAAUCCCAGAUUUACCUCCACCUUGAUUGACAUAGCUAACUUGGUAUUAGAUAUCUACUACCCUCAGAUAGGGACGUCCUCCGUUCUCGACACAGAGUUACAUAAACUACGCGAAACCAUCGAACAGGAAGUAAUGUACACGAAGCAGUUACUUGAAGUGAUUGGGGAACUAGAUACAUUGUUCUCGGCAUCGCAACAGUUCGAGGCAAUCAAUGAAAACAGCAGUGCAUCUCUUAAACAAGAAACAAAUGAUUUGACUUUAAAACCAUCUCAGAGUGCUGAAGUAUCUUGAUUCAAAGAAUGAAAAAAAAAAAUAAAAAGGAAAAACCAUG